GAUGUUAGUGCGUUGAAGCGUCGUAUUGUGGAACUUGAGGAAGAGGUGUUUCGAAUCAAGAAGGAGAAUCAGAGACUCGCCGGAGAACUUCAACGAGCCCGCACGGAUCUUGAUCAAGAGACGCUCUAUCGAAUCGACUAUCAAAACCAAGUGCAAACGCUGCUCGAAGAGAUCGAUUUCUUGAAACGUGUACACGAUCAAGAAAUAAAUGAGCUACAAGGUUUGGCCGCACGUGACACAACACCGGAGAAUCGGGAAUUUUUCAAGAACGAACUCGCCUCUGCAAUACGCGAUAUUCGUACUGAGUACGAUCAGAUAUCGAACGUGAAUCGCAACGAUAUGGAAUCAUGGUAUCGUCUCAAAGUGCAAGAGAUUCAAACGCAAUCUGCUCGGCAAACAAUGGAGCAAGGAUACGCUAAGGAAGAAGUGAAGAGGUUACGCACUCAACUCACCGAUUUACGCGGUAAACUUGCCGAUCUAGAGAGCCGUAAUUCAAUGCUCGAGAAGCAAAUUCAAGAGUUGAACUUCCAAUUAGAAGACGACCAACGUUCAUAUGAGGCCGCGUUGAACGAUCGUGAUGCGCAGAUCAGAAAAAUGCGAGAAGAAUGUCAGGCACUUAUGGUUGAGCUGCAAAUGCUUCUCGAUACCAAGCAGGUAAUCAGUCAUUCUCAGAACUUAUGCGAUGUUGAUUUCCAGACAUUGGAUGCUGAAAUAGCGAUUUUUCGCAAGAUGUUAGAAGGAGAGGAGAAUCGCGCAGGAUUGCGGCAACUAGUUGAACAAGUUGUGCGAACACACGGAAUCACCCAGCAAGAAGGCACAGAUUUCGUUGUUUUGUCGACUUCAGCGAUUCUGUUUUAUUUUUCAGAAACGACACGGGUCGUUAAGGGAGAGACAGCAUCUCGCAGCUCAUUCCAACGUUCCGCUAAAGGCAACGUUUCGAUUCAGGACAUCGGCGCUGGUGGAACCUAUAUAACGCUUCAGAAUACGCAUCGUGCUAAAGAGGAGAACAUUGGCGAGUGGAAACUGAAACGCAAGAUUGACGGCAAGAAAGAGAUCGUUUACACAUUCCCGAAAGACUUCGUGCUCAGAGCCGGGAAAACUGUUCGAGUAUUCGCUCACAAUCAAGGAGUUGCCUCACCUCCCGAUCAACUCGUCUACGAUGCGGCUGAUUCUUUCGGAUCUGGAUCGAACGUUCAAACAGUCCUCUAUAAUCGCGAAGGAGAGGAACGAGCCACUCAUAUACAACGUUCAAGUAGUUCAUAG